GCAGGCGGUGGCGAAGAGACGCCGAGCGGGCCGAGUGCGGCCGAGCAAAGCCGGAGCCGGAGCGGGGCCGCAGGAGCCGGGCAGGGUCCGGACGGGCCGAGAUGCCCUAUAAACUGAAGAAGGAGAAGGAGCCCCCCAAGCUUGCCAAAGGCACGGCCAAGCCCAGCAGCUCGAGCAAGGAUGGUGGAGGCGAGGGCACGGAGGAGGCCCAGCCACAGCCGCAGCCCCAGCCCCAGCCACAACCCCAGCCGCCAUCAUCCAACAAACGUCCCAGCAACAGCACGCCGCCCCCGACGCAGCUUAGCAAGAUCAAGUACUCAGGGGGCCCCCAGAUUGUCAAGAAGGAGCGAAGACAGAGCUCCUCCCGCUUCAACCUCAGCAAGAACCGGGAGCUGCAGAAGCUUCCUGCCCUGAAAGACUCGCCCACCCAGGAGCGGGAGGAGCUGUUUAUCCAGAAGCUGCGCCAGUGCUGCGUCCUCUUCGACUUCGUGUCAGACCCACUCAGUGACCUCAAAUUCAAGGAGGUGAAGCGGGCAGGACUGAACGAAAUGGUGGAGUACAUCACCCACAGCCGCGAUGUCGUCACUGAGGCCAUUUACCCUGAGGCCGUCACCAUGUUUUCAGUGAACCUCUUUCGGACGCUGCCACCUUCAUCGAAUCCCACCGGGGCUGAGUUUGACCCUGAGGAAGAUGAGCCCACCCUGGAGGCCGCCUGGCCGCAUCUCCAGCUCGUCUAUGAGUUUUUCUUACGUUUCCUCGAGUCUCCUGACUUCCAGCCAAACAUAGCCAAGAAAUACAUUGACCAAAAGUUUGUCCUUGCUCUCCUGGACCUGUUUGACAGUGAGGACCCUCGAGAGCGGGACUUCCUCAAGACCAUCUUGCAUCGCAUCUAUGGCAAGUUUUUGGGGCUCCGGGCUUAUAUCCGUAGGCAGAUCAACCACAUCUUCUACAGGUUCAUCUACGAGACGGAGCAUCACAAUGGGAUUGCCGAGCUCCUGGAGAUUCUGGGCAGCAUCAUCAAUGGCUUUGCCUUGCCCCUGAAGGAAGAGCACAAAAUGUUCCUGAUCCGGGUCCUUCUUCCCCUUCACAAGGUCAAGUCCCUGAGUGUCUACCACCCUCAGCUGGCAUACUGCGUGGUGCAGUUCCUAGAGAAGGAGAGCAGCCUCACUGAGCCGGUGAUUGUAGGCCUCCUCAAGUUCUGGCCCAAGACCCACAGCCCCAAGGAAGUGAUGUUUCUGAAUGAGCUAGAGGAGAUCCUGGACGUCAUUGAGCCUUCAGAGUUCAGCAAAGUGAUGGAGCCUCUCUUCCGCCAGCUUGCCAAGUGUGUCUCCAGCCCCCAUUUCCAGGUGGCGGAGCGUGCCCUCUAUUACUGGAACAAUGAAUACAUCAUGAGCCUGAUAAGUGACAACGCCGCCCGAGUCCUCCCCAUCAUGUUCCCUGCACUCUACAGGAACUCCAAGAGCCACUGGAACAAGACAAUCCACGGGCUGAUCUACAAUGCCCUGAAGCUGUUUAUGGAGAUGAAUCAGAAGCUGUUUGAUGACUGUACACAACAGUACAAGGCUGAGAAGCAGAAGGGCAGGUUUCGCAUGAAGGAGAGAGAAGAGAUGUGGCAAAAGAUUGAGGAGCUGGCCCGACUUAAUCCCCAGUAUCCCAUGUUCCGAGCACCUCCCCCUCUGCCUCCCGUGUACUCAAUGGAGACCGAGACCCCCACGGCAGAGGACAUCCAGCUUCUGAAGAGGACAGUGGAGACAGAGGCCGUGCAGAUGCUGAAGGACAUCAAGAAGGAGAAAGUGCUGCUCCGGCGGAAGUCCGAGCUGCCCCAGGAUGUGUACACCAUCAAGGCGCUGGAGGCGCACAAGCGGGCCGAAGAUCCAUCUCCAGAGGAAGGCCUAGGAGAUGAAUUCGACCUCAUAGAUCAUUCUGACUUACACAUUUUGGACUUUAGCCCUAGUCUGAAGACUCUGUGCAAACUGGCUGUGAUUCAGUACAACCUGGACCAGUCCUGUUUGCCCCAUGACAUCAGGUGGGAGCUGAAUGCCAUGACCACCAACAGCAAUAUCAGUCGCCCCAUCGUCUCCUCCCACGGGUAGGAGGAUGUCUCUGCCACCUUCCUUCCUGAGCCUGCUGUUGUCUUCACUGCCCCUGCCCAUCUCUUCCCCCGCCUGCCCCUUUGGACCUUGGACUUGGUAUACCUCCGCGUGGAGUUGUUGGACUAGAGGUGUUUUCUGUGCUGUGAACUUAGUGGGGAGCUGUAGCAGGAAGGGUUAGGUCCCUUCCUCCUUGGGCCGAGGGCCCCUUCCCCUUGGUGCUCUGUCCCAUUCACCUCCCUCCAACUGCUCCUGGGUUCUGCUCUGCCCCAGGUCAGCCACAGGCUGCUGGGAAGUGACGGGAAUGGGAAGGAGGGAGAAGCAAGCAGUGUGUGAGCCUCAGGAGCUUCCCCUCCCCACUCCCUUUUCCACCUGUUCCCCUCUGCUUGAGCCAUGGGCAUUGAUUGCGAGCUGAGAGGAGCUGCAGCUGUUGGCAUGAAAUCUCCUUCUCCCUGACCUGGGGAGGCGAGGACCAGCAGAUAAUCCCAUCCUUCCUUGAGCUGUUGCUGUACCCUGACACUAAGCCAGCUCAAAUUUUAUACAAAUGAAUUAAAAAUCUCCAAACGUG